UUUAAAGAUAGAGGAUCCUGUCCGACGUAAAGUUCAAACUGCUUCUGUUAUUGGAAAGAACAACACAAGACGUUUUGAGCUUUCUCCACCAGAGGUGGACAUGGGGGUACUUAAAGAAGGUCACACGUAUGUACAUUCGGUGAUAUUAAGGAACAUUGGUAUUGAUAGCUGUAGAUUCAAAGUACGACAACCUCCUCCAUCGACUGGUAUCAAAGUUUUGUUUAAUCAUGGUCCUAUUGCAGCAGGAAUGACGAGAAAACUAGACAUUGAAAUGUUUGCUGUAGCUGUUGGUGUAUCUGGAGAAAGUGGAGUUGGAUCUAUCUUUCAUAAAAUUUAAACCUAUUUUAUA